AUGCUUGACCUGUUUCUGGAGAAAUACAACGGCCAGGUCAGCUGGGAGCACAAAGUCACCGGUCUAGGGCAAGAUGAGAACAAGGCAUGGGUUGACGUCGAAACACCGCAAGGCAACACCAAGGUAGAGGCGGACUACAUAAUUGGCUGCGAUGGUGCGAACAGCCAAAUUCGUAAGAGUCUAUUCGGGAACGAGUACCCCGGCUUCACCUGGGAUGCGCAGAUUGUGGCGACAAAUACCUACUACAAUUUCGAAGAGAAGUUUGGCUGGGCAGAUGCUAAUUUCAUCAUUCAUCCUGAGCAUUUCUAUAUGGCGGCAAAGAUCACACAAGACGGAUUAUACCGGAUUACCUACGGCGAGACCCCGGGUCUUACUCUUGAGCAAAUGGUAGACCGACAACCGAUGAAAUUCGAGACUAUGCUUCCAGGUCAUCCCAAGCCGGACGAGUACAAGGUUGUCAACUUUGCCCCAUAUAAAAUGCACCAGCGCUGUGCACCGUCAUUCCGCGUAGGCCGGUUCCUUCUCGCUGCCGAUGCAGCUCAUCUCUGCAACCCCUGGGGAGGCUUGGGCAUCACAGGUGGGUUUGUUGACUGUGGGGGUUUGUACGAUUGUCUUGCAGGCAUCUGGGACGGGAAGGCGGACGAGUCCAUCCUCGACCUUUACAGUGAGAAGAGGAUCGAGAAGUGGAAAACCGUGAUCGACCCGAUCUCGUCCGAGAACUUCAAGCGAGUGUCAGACAGCGACCCUGCCACCCGUUAUGAGAGAGACGACUUCAUGCAGCUACUGACGAAAGCUGAGAAAGACCGGCCGUUUGCCAAGGAGUUGUUGAUGGGACCGUUUGCCGUGCGAUACGACUUCACGCAGCACUACAAGAAGGUGCCUGAAGACCCAGCUCCCGAGGUGCCUGCACAAACCACUAACGGGACAUCAGCAAUAGUGAAGGGAGAGCAUGCCGAGAAGACGGCUUCACAGCGACAAGAGCACAAGAGUGUGUUUAAGCGAGCUUCAUUAUUGCUACGUCGCUUCAGUCUUCGCAAACCCUAG